AUGCGCAAGGACCUAGAGAUGACAGGCCCAGGCAUAAAUAAGGACGACUUCUUCCGGGAUCUAGAUGGUCUUGGAGAUCUCAGCGACGACGCUCAGACUACUGGCGAUUUUGCUGGACUUAUAAGACGGACGGAUACUGCUCCUACAAAACUAGCAAGGCCGUCAACUGAGCCCAAAGAGGACGAUAUACCAACCCCUGCACAGUUGAAAAGACAUUCAUCCAUGGUUACAACAUCUGCUACGAAAAGCAGUACCAGCGACGCACUUGAAAUGCAGAGUGAAACUCUGGUGAAGCGCCAAACAGAGAUCUCCCUGACUGAGCAGCCAAAAGGACGUAAGAAGCGACGGAGGCAGUCCGUCCAGAUUAUACCAGAAUCGGCUCAAAUCUUUAAAGGCCUGAAAUUCUUUUUUGUUCCCAACAACGAUAUUUCUCCGGCCCGAAGACUUCGUAUCCAGCGGUCACAGGAAUAUGGAGCGUCAUGGGCCCAGUCGUGGUCGUCCGAUGUUACUCAUGUGAUUGUCGACAAGGGGUUGGAUUAUAAGGAAGUACUCAAGGUUCUUACGCCUGAACAGCUUUCUGCCAACAUAGCUAUAGUCAAUCAGGACUAUGUUUCCGACUGUCUCAUUUUCAAGUCCAUCCUCCUGAUCACACAGCUCCGGUUCAGGGUAGAUGGAACACCCAAGACACCGGAAAUUGACAAUGCAGCUCCGGCGCCAGCUGCAGCUCCAGAUACGUCUACUAUAAGUGCAGACAAUUCCUUGCCACUGAAAGAACCUGGACGACAGAGACGACGCUCCAUAACCCCCUGUCGUACUGAAUACACUCCUAUAGACAGUAAGGCAGUCCAACAAGAUGGAUAUAUGAUCUCAGCCCGUGAAGCAGGGCAAAGAGAAACAGAUCUUUUGGAUGAAAUUAUGCUCAAAGUCAAAGCCGCCGGUGACCUGCCACUAGAUGAACCCGACGACGAAGUAGCUCUCGAUGCCACAUUUGAUAACAGCUGGGAAACAGAACUUUCUGGGAAAGCUACAGCCGUAGCCAACGUUCCCAAUUGGCAAAAGAAUUUCGCUUGCAUGCAGAAGCACGACGGUAAAAGCUCUGACAACAAUCCCAACGCCAAAACGAUUGAAAUUCUGCAGAAAAUGGCCGACUACUACGACAGAACUGCAGACACUUGGCGCACGAUGGCAUACCGAAAAGCGAUAGCUGCAUUGCGAAAGCAGAAAACCAAAGUCUGCACCAAAGCGGAAGCCCUCUCAAUCCCCGGUAUUGGGCAGCGGCUCSCGGAAAAGAUUGAGGAGAUUGUGUCUACCGACCGCCUGCGUCGUCUGGAGAAUAUCAAUUGGACUCCAGAGGACAAAGCGUUGCAGUUGUUUCUUGGUGUAUACGGCGCAGGAUUCACACAGGCAUCUAAGUGGGUAGCUAAGGGUUAUAGAUCCCUAGAAGACCUUCAGAACGAGGCUGAGUUGACUGCGAAUCAAAAGAUUGGUGUGGAACGAUAUAAUGAUUUCCAGCAACGUAUUCCGCGGGCGGAAGUUGCUCAACACGGAGAAAUCGUCCGGGCCGCAGUUCAUGCCUUGGAUCCAGAUAUGGAAGUAAUGAUGGCCGGCUCCUACCGCCGCGGCGCUGCAGACUGUGGCGAUAUUGAUGUUCUCAUCACAAAGACCACCGGCUCUAUAGAAUAUAUCCGUACUCUGAUGAUGGAAAAUGUCGUUCCAGAACUUACCCGAAGAGGAUUUCUCAAAGUCAGCCUAGCAACAACGUCACGCGGAGACGGAUCCAAGUGGCAUGGAGCAUCUGCCCUUCCUGGCACCGAUCUUUGGCGACGGAUUGACUUGCUAUUUGUCCCGGGGGAUGAGAUAGGCGCGGCUUUGCUAUACUUUACUGGCAAUGACAUUUUCAACCGGAGCGUGCGACUUUUGGCUAGAAAGAAGGGAAUGCGCCUAAACCAGCACGGCUUGUACAAAGAUGUGCUCCGAGGAUCAAAUCAGGUCAAGCUUACUGACGGCACCCUUCUCGAAGGUCGCGACGAGAAGAGGAUUUUUGAGAUCCUUGGUGUGCCAUGGAGACCACCACAGCAUCGUAUCUGCUAG